AAUAUCGGAUCAUUAAGGUAUGCGAAGCUUCAAUUUCUCGCGAGCACGAAAUUGGAUUUGCGCGUUUUUGUGAAUUCGAAUUCGAAUUCUCAAGGUCUCUCCAAAACUCCAUUCCCGAGUAGGAGCAUUCCACGAGGGAACCAAGGCUCCCACUGAGCUCCAGUUGCAGCAAUGGAGGACUUGAAAGAACCCAAGGGGAAGAGAGCUGCUCAACCAAGGAAGAAGAGAAAAUUGAUCAGCAAAGAUGAUGAAGGAAUUUCCGACAUUGAAGACAUUUUCAGCGACCAAGAAACCCAUAAAAUUAGGGAAUCAUUACUCGAGUGGUAUGACCACAACCAGAGAGACCUUCCUUGGAGGACAAAAGAAACAAACCCACUUCAAGCUGAAGAUGAAGAUAAAGAAAAAAGAGCAUAUGGGGUCUGGGUAUCUGAAGUUAUGCUGCAACAGACUAGAGUUCAGACUGUGAUUGAUUACUACAACCGUUGGGUGCUGAAAUGGCCCACUCUUCAGCAUCUGGCCCUCGCUUCUCUUGAAGAGGUGAAUGAGAUGUGGGCAGGUUUAGGGUAUUAUAGGCGGGCACGUUUCCUGUUAGAGGGAGCUAAACUGAUUACUUCCAAGGGGGAUGGAUUUCCUAAUACAGUGUCUUCCUUACGGAAGGUUCCAGGAAUAGGAGACUAUACAGCUGGUGCAAUUGCCUCUAUAGCAUUCAAAGAAGUGGUGCCUGUGGUGGAUGGGAAUGUUAUAAGGGUGCUUGCUAGGUUAAAGGCAAUUUCUGCAAAUCCAAAAGACUCGAUAACUGUCAAGAACUUUUGGAAACUAGCAGCUCAACUAGUUGAUCCUUGCCGUCCUGGAGAUUUCAAUCAGUCACUGAUGGAACUUGGUGCAACUGUUUGCACUCCAUCAAACCCAAGCUGCACCCAAUGUCCUGUUUUGAGUCACUGUCGUGCCCUUUCAAUUUCAAACCAGGAUAAGUCAGUAUUGGUUACAGAUUAUCCUACCAAGGUUGUUAAGGUGAAACAAAGACACGAGUUUUCUGCUGUUUGUGUUGUGGAGAUAUUAGGAACUGAAGGUCUAAUUGAGGGUGAUCAAUCUGAUGGUGGAUUUCUUCUUGUGAAGAGGCCAGAAAAUGGUCUGCUUGCUGGUCUUUGGGAAUUUCCCACCGUCAAUCUGGGCAAAGCAGCUGAUUUAACCACAAGGAGAAAAGAAAUUGAUCACUUCCUGAAACAAGUCUUCAGACUGGACCCACAAAGGACAUGUAGCAUGGUGCAAAGGGAAGACAUUGGAGAAUUUGUCCAUAUUUUCACUCACAUCCGUCUCAAGGUUUAUGUGGAGUUGCUCGUAAUGCAUCUUAAAGGUGGGAUGAGUGAGUUGCUUAGUAAGAACAAAAAAGGAGCUACAACCUGGAAAUAUGUUGACAAGCAGGCUCUUUCGAACUUAGGAUUGACAUCUGGAGUAAAGAAGGUCUACACUAUGGUUGAGAAGUUUAAACUGAGCAAAUCAUCUACAGAUUCUGCCCCAGCAAAAAGAAGGAAGAAAUUUGAGGAAACUAAGUCUGCUAGUAUAAAUUAGAUCUUGCUUAGUCAUUUUGUAGACUGCAUGCACCAUUGCAAAUGUAUUUAUCUACCAUAUAUACCUGCAGCUUGUGCAGAGUGGUACAGGUUGUACAAUUAAACCUUUCAAUUCUAGAUCAUAUAAUUCCUUACUUUCAA